AUGCGAGCCCAGGCGAAGCCUGAUUCAAGCUAUGCUUCGAACCACCUUACGACACGCGACCUUCAGGGGCGCAAGCAUUUGCUGUCUACAUUCAACAAGUCGCUCGACGAGAGCAGUGCUCCACCGACCGAGUCCGAUUCAAAGCCAGAGCACCCUGCCACCGAUGACGAGCCACAAAGCGAUUCCGACGAUGUUCUUAGUACCAUGAGCUCCAAUGCGAUUGAGGAACUCGAUAUAGACUCAGAAUAUGCAUCGAAAGGCGAGGAAAGCGCGCCUGCGACGGACGUUGAGCUCCCUUCUAUCGAGAACGACUUUGACUUUGACGAUGAGGAUUUCAUGGAUGUUCAGCCCAUGUCCCACUCGACAGGAAAGCUGAAGGAGCCUGGGACCGACGAUGAACCAGUGAGCUCUAGUGAGGAUGAAUCGGACGACGACGCGCGAGUGAAAACAAAGAAAACAUUGCAGGAGAAACUCGAGGAGCAGAAGCUCGAUGAAGAAGUCCAGGGAGGUACAAGGAGGACAUAUGAUGAGAUGAAGGGCGAUGAUGAGUCUCAAGAUGAUCGAAUCACCUCUUGGACGCAGGAGGAGAAGCGGUCGAAGAAGAACAAGAACACGAGCUAUUCAAGGCCUAAAUCAUAUCCCAGUUCGAGCACGCGCUCAGCUGCUGCCACGCCGGAUAAACGCUCCCAGCAGUCCAAAUUGGAUUUCAAAAAGAAAAAGGAAGACACACCGGGAAAGCAAACUUUUCCAGCAUUCAAAGUUCCUAUGCAAAUCGAUGUUCUCAGUCCGCAGAAGCCUCGCGCCGGGGACGCCAAGGGAUCAAACGAUCCCGUUCCACAAGCUUCUAAUUCGAACUCUUCAAUGGGUACUUCGUUCUCAAAUGACCCUCAGUUCAUGUCUUUUGAGGACAAUGCGUCGGAUUCGCCCCUCAGCUCCCCACCCAGCUCUCAGGGGCCUCUCAAGUCACUCUGUCCGAUGUGCAAGGAAGAGGUCGACCCAGAGCUUCUCAUGCUGUUCGAAGCUCAGCCAAAGCAGCGUAUCCGUGAACAACAGCAAUUCUGUGCCUCGCACCAGCAAAGCACCGCUGAAAAGGAUUGGGAGACGAAAGGGUACCCGGAAAUCAACUGGGACACAUUUGAUGAGCGCGUGCAGAAACACCUCCAGGAUCUUGAAAAGCUGUUAGUCCCGGAUUGCACUUCUUACUACCGAAAUAUCCUGGACACAACCUUGAAAUCCGGCCAGGCGAAGAAUUUCCGCCUCACACUUGCUGGUGAUGGAAUUGAGACGAUCUCUUGUGGGUAUUAUGGGACCAAAGGAGCCGCAAAAAUGUUACAAGGAAUUGUCGAUCGCUUCUCUUUGAAACUGCGUCGACUAUCCUCAUCCGACCACAUCGUCAAAACAGCAGGCGUAGCAGGAUACGCACAAUCUGUUCUCGUCCCCGAGCUCGCGGUCCGCCUGGUCAAGGAAGAUAUGGACGUCAAUGAUCAUGCUGCCCGCCAGAUCCUGCGGGAAAGUAUGCAGCUUGGUCAAAAGCUCAAUCCUGCGGCGGACGAUGUUGUUCCGGUUCCUGCUGAAUCCGAAGAAGAAACUUAG